UUUUUUUUAUUCAUUCCGUACAGCUGACUGCACGCUGACUGUAUCUAGCAAAGCCAUUUUUUUAUACUAAUGGAUUGAAAAUAUACAUUGUGGACUUUUUUGUAUACUUCAAAAAUGAUGUACUUUUUUAUAUAAUUGAGCCUCCAUUCAAAAUUGGUCCAAACCGAUAUAAGCCGACUGGACUGAUAAUUAAUGGUCCAGUCCAGUCCAUUAGGGAUGAGGGGUGACCGGUCCGGUCCAAUCCGAUUUACAUUCUAUGGAUUGCUAUAAAAGCGAGGAAAGUCACUUUAGAAUUUCAAGCAAGUGCUAUUGGAUAAACUAAUAGACUUGGACAUGGGCUAUUGGAUAACAGCCUAACGGAGAUUAGGGCUGUAUAGGAACCGAAGAAACCGGCCAGAAACCGAUCAGACCGGCUGUCGGAGCUAGGAACCGGCCAAAACGGGCAGAAAACCGGUCAGCCGGCGGUAGGAUUUAAGUCAAACCAACGUCGGCUGGAUCGAACGGAUCGGUCCCGAUUCGAUCUGGGAAAAACUGUUGAAUUGGCCGACGUCUUUUCCUUAAUUUUUUUUUUUCAUAUAUAUAGGACCAAAACAGUGCGUUUAGAUCCUGCAGUUUUAAGCAAACACUAAUGAAACAGCGCCGUUUGGUAGGUUGAUACCAAAUGGCGUCAUUUUGUCUAAGAUUAGGCUUCUUUGAAUGAAUCCCCACCUUUCUUUGUUCUUCGACUCCACCGUCGUCACUCACCCCUACGUGCAAAGAGACUAUCUCUCGACUCUCACCUUUGUGCUCUCUCUCACCAUCGUCACAGACUCAUGUCCUCCUCGACUCCUCCUCCUUGAUGUCACUCGCCACUGCCAGCUACCAUCUCCUCCACUCUCGCCGACGAAUUUCACUUCUAACAUUACCAGUUGCAAACAUGAAUAUCAUCUUCAUUGUAUCCUUGAAUGGUCUCAAAGGAGCAAAGAGUGCCCAAUAUGUUGCCAGUUACUUGUCUUAAGGGACUCUGCCAGCCAAGAGCUUCUAGCUGCAGUUGGUAUUGACAGGCACUUAAGGUCAAGAAACAGUUAUUCUGCUGCUCCCACAUCUCUUCAUAGUUUCAGUGAGGACUUUGAUCUCGGGCAUGACAUACCUAAUUCAGAUGUCUCUGAUUUUGAUGAGCGUAUAAUGCAGCAUCUGACUGCUGCUACUAGUAGACCUCAAUAUGUUUGUAGAAGGGAAAGGCAGAGAUAUUCUGGGAUUGGUCCUUCCCAAGUUCUUGCUUUCACCUCUCCCACGAAUAUGUCAAGGCAACCAUAUGCAGGUUCACCAGAAGAUUGCCCAAAUUUAAGUUACGGAUCAACUAGGGGUCGAUCAGCAUCUUCGGACAUACCUUCUGCUGACAACUUUGAACCUCCGGCAUCUGUGGAUGUUAAUUUGGUCUCCAGUACUCCUCUCAACAGAGAUAUCCCUUUUAAUCCCAGCAUUCUUUAUUGCCAGCCACCAUCUGAUAGUCCAAGAAGACCAAGUGCAUCUGAGAUGUUCUCCUUUCCAGAGACACUCAAAUCUAAACUGUCUGCUGCUUCAUCCAGAUACAAGGAAUCAAUCUCAAAAAGUACCCGAGGCUUUAAGGAGAAGCUGCUUGCUCAUAAUAACUCAGUAAAGGAGCUAGGCAAAGGAGUUCAGCGUGAGAUGAAUGCAGGAAUUGUUGGUCUUGCACGAAUGAUUGAACGCCUGGAUCUUAAUUCAAAGCAAUCUGGAUCAUCUGUUCCUGUUUUCAGUUGUACUGGAGGCACUUCAAACCUCUCCUUCAAAGGGAAGGGUGUGGAAGGAAAUGUUGAUGCACGGUCACUUGACAGAAUCUCUGGGCAAAUUGCUUGUGAUUUAAGUCCAAAUGCAACCUAUAACUCUGGUGCUACACAUGUACAAUCAGGAAAUCCUCAUCCAAAGAGUGGAUAUUGAUGCUGGUACUGGCUCUUCAACUGAACUCUGUGUUAUAUGAGCUCACUGCAAGGCAUAUGGUGCAAGCGACGAAAUGUGUUUGAACCAAUCUGCUGGUUCGUUAGCGUCCUGCAUUGCCUACCUAUAGUCGAUAUACAUGCGAAGUGGAAACUUUUAUUGAUCGGACCAUAUGUUGUCCUGCCCUAUAGUGUUCUCCUUUCUUCUUAAGUAAGUUUUAAAGAGACAGCAGAAUUCAGAUUUA